CACACGAGUGAACUCAAACUGCGACCACCCUGAUCCGUCUCCCUCUCGUCUUCCUCUGCCCGCUCGCACCCCGGAGCCCCCGAGCGAGAACGGAGCGCGAGCUGCCGCCGCCAGCAGCCGCGGCGGGCACCAUGGAGGACGGCGGCAACGCACGGCGCGCGGAGCGGUGGGAGGGGUACGUGGACUGGCGGAACCGGCCGGCGACCAGGGGCCGGCACGGCGGCAUGCUUGCGGCGUCCUUCGUGCUCGAGCGCGGAAGAAAAAAAAGAAGGCAGCGGCGCCAGGCGAGGCCCGCGCGGCGGAUCGAAUAGGAUGCCGGCCCUCCAUGCACGGAGUCGGAGCACACCCUCCUCCUCCCCUGCACGCUCUGGCCUCUGCAGAAGCAGCUGCCCCUGCAACCCUGAAAGACACGGCUUCCAUCUCCUCCGCUUUCUUCCUCCUCCUCGCUUUUCCCCGAUCGCCCGCCCGGGCUCGGCUGCUCUGCUUUUGGACAAGUGGGCGCUCGAGACCCUUCCUUCUUUCUUCCUCACCACCUCGCCGUCCCCCACUGGUGUCCGUUGGGCUCCAUUCCCGCCCCUCCUUUCGCUCCCUUUCACAUACAGUUCCCGCUGCUUCCGGACGCAACUUGCCCGCCAGGGAAUUCGGCGCCUUUACCGCCCAAUUGCGCCACGAACCCGAGAAAAAGCAGAGCCCCAACUUGCUUCCGGCGCAUGACCCGUGCCUGCAACUGGUGGAUUCCUGAAGGUUUUUCUUUUUUUUUUGGGGGGGGGGGGGGGGGUGUUCCAUGAGCAGCAGAGCUGCUCGCGUCCAUGGUCGAUCUUGAUCCGUUCGUCUUCUUCAGCGCAACUGGCUCACCAAACUGAUCGCGAGGUGUAUGAGUCCGUGGCUGCCCUCGUUCCAGGGAAUGAACACCUCCUGCUACUUUGCUGCUGCGAUCUGGAAGGCUCCGCCUGCCUGCGGACAAGUUUGAUUGCAUGUGCGAAGGGGAAACCAGUUUGUUUUGUCAUCCUGUCUGCCAUCAUCGUUAGGAAUUCAGGACAGGAUCGUGUGUGCCGAGAGAGGGAGGGGCCCUCUGUUUUUAGUCCAACCGUUCCAGGUUGAGACAAGAGAGAGAGAGAGAAAAGAAUACGAGUAUCACCCUGAACCGGACCCGCAUUGAAAGGUGGCACGAAUCGCAAACGCACGAUUGGGUCGCGGCGGGGCAGUAAAUUCCACCGGCUGGCCGGUACGCAUCGGGAACGGCACACGGCCGCAUAUCAUGGAGGACGUUAUGUCCGUUACCACCGCACAUGCUGCUUGCGUAAUCAAAUAUUUUUUAUUUUAUUCUUCAACCAGUGGAUCGAAUUUGCCUUUUUUCAAAAUAGUAAAAACGUUACGCUCCUUUACUGGACUGGAGUAGUUUGUAAUUUCCACUUGGAAAUUUCAUCAUGUUCCAAAUGGGUUGCGUAGGGCAGCCACAAUGUGAGCAAAAAGGUAGCCUUAAGCAUUGAAUGCAGCUACACUUCUUGACCAUAAACAUUGUGGGGGAUAAAUCACAAGUAACAUCCAACAAAAAUACACCACAUGCUUGAGGUCCAUAAGGCAAUAAAAUAUAAUACCAUGAAUAAACAAUACAUUCCCAUGAACUUGUAGUGGUUGAGAAACGUAAAUUGUUUUUCCCCUAGCUAGGCCCACCUUGUUUCUCCAACAAGAUUUAACUAUUGUAGAAUUGGCCAUAGUUACAGCUGACUGCGCGGGGGCCCACCGGUAUUGCCAUCAUAGCAAUAUACAUUGGUGCUGCCCUUAUUAAUAAUGGUGGAGGUGCUGGAGAACCUGGCGUUCCUGGCGAACGCGAGCAACCUGGUGAGGUACCUGAUGGGGUUCAUGCACUACUCGCCGUCGCAGUCGGCGACGACGGUGACCAACUUCAUGGGCACGGCGUUCCUGCUCGCGCUCCUCGGCGGCUUCCUCUCCGACGCCUUCUUCACCACCUACACCAUCUACAUCGUCAGCGCCUUCAUCGAGUUCAUGGGGCUGGUGAUCCUGACGGUCCAGGCGCGGACGCCGCACCUGAUGCCGCCGCCGUGCGCCGCCACCGCGCCGUGCGCGCCCGUGUCGGGGCCCCGGAAGGCGAUGCUCUUCGCGGGGCUGUACCUCACGGCGCUGGGCGUCGGUGGGAUCAAGGGCUCCCUGCCCUCCCACGGCGCCGAGCAGUUCGACGAGCACGCGCCGCAGGGCCGCAAGGCCCGCUCCACCUUCUUCAACUACUUCGUCUUCUGCCUCUCCUGCGGCGCGCUCGUCGCCGUCACCUUCGCCGUCUGGGUCGAGGACAACAGGGGCUGGCAGUGGGGCUUCGGCAUCGCCACCAUCGCCAUCCUGCUCUCCGUCCCGGUCUUCGCCGCGGGCUCCGGCCUCUACCGGAACAAGGUGCCCACGGGGAGCCCGCUCACCACCAUCGCCAGGGUCCUCGCCGCCGCCGCCCUCGCGCGCCGCGCCGGCGCGCAGAGCGCCAGCCACGGCGCUGUCAUCGACCGCGCGCCCAGCCCCACGGGGAGCACCGACAUGAAGGACUACUGCAAGCCCGGCGACAUGGUGGCCAACAUCGCCGCCGGCGCCGGGCCGGCCGAGCCGUCGCGGGAGCUCGCGUUCCUCAACCGCGCCGUGCGGUGCCAGGAGGAGCAGCCGGGGCAGCAGAACGGGCGCCUCGCGUGCACGGUGCAGGAGGUGGAGGACGUCAAGAUCGUGCUCAUGGUGCUGCCCAUUUUCUUCUCCACCAUCAUGCUCAACUGCUGCCUGGCGCAGCUGUCCACCUUCUCCGUCGAGCAGGCGGCCACCAUGGACACGCGCGUCGGCAGGCUCACCGUGCCGCCCGCCUCGCUCCCCGUGUUCCCGGUCACGUUCAUCAUCCUCCUCGCGCCCGUCUACGACCACGUGAUCAUCCCGUUCGCGCGCCGCCUCACGGGCACCGAGAUGGGCAUCAGCCACCUCCAGCGCAUCGGGACCGGGCUCAUCCUCUCCAUCGUCGCCAUGGCGGUGGCCGCCGUCGUCGAGGUGAAGCGCAAGAACGUGGCCGCCGACAGCGGCAUGCUGGACUCGCCGAAGCCGCUGCCCAUCAGCUUCUUCUGGAUCGCGUUCCAGUACCUGUUCCUGGGGUCGGCGGACCUGUUCACGCUGGCGGGGCUCCUCGAGUUCUUCUUCAGCGAGGCGCCGUCGCGGAUGCGCUCGCUGGCGACGUCGCUGUCGUGGGCGUCGCUGGCGCUGGGCUACUACCUCAGCUCCGUGCUCGUGUCCAUCGUGAACAGCGCGACGGGGCGCGGCGGCCACCGGCCGUGGCUGCGGGGUGCCAGCCUGAACCACUACCAUCUCGAAAGGUUCUACUGGGUCAUGUGCGUGCUCAGCACUCUCAACUACCUCUUCUUCCUGUUCUGGGCGAUCAGGUACAAAUACAGAAACGCAGGGGUCAUCAAAGGGUAAUGCCAUAGCCAAUCGGCAUUGCCGUUGAUCGCCACGGUAGCGAGAACUGCUGGGUGUUACUGUUUAUAUUGGUGGCAAGCAGAGAGUAAAAAAAAAGGUACUAGGUUAACUUCUGCAGGAUGUGGGGAUUAUAUUGGUGGUGGUGGUUUAUCAGGUUGUCAUGAAUUUGGUUGAUUGGUUCAACAAGUGAAUCAAGAGGUGGCUCAGUUAAUCCAAUAUCCAUUUGUUUGAA